AAAAGAUGAAAGCUAGGCUAACGAAUUUGAGGUCUUGAGCGGCAUGGCCAGCACAGUGACCCCUCUAUGGAGCCUAGGAUUAGAAUAUCCUUGUCCCAGACUCCUUGUUACAAUCCAUGUGCCCUAAAGGAAGUUUCAAUCCGGCUUCCAAUCCCUAUCCCUCCCACUGACUCUUUUCUUCCUUCAUUACAAAUUUCUUCCUCCAAUUUAAUUUCAGGUGUCCCAUACCCCCAUAUCCUCUUCACGAGACUCAGAACGUUUUAUAAAAGUGCCGCAUGGGACAUGACCAUCAGGACUGCUCAGACUCACCCAAGCUAUGGAAGACCAUUCUCUCUACUAACCCUAUACCGGAAACACCAUCACCCUCAAACCGUAGACUAACACAUGUCCUCUCUUCUUGUAUUUUCCGGAUCCCGAUGUGAAGUAUGGUUUGCACUAGGAGAGGUUUGCUGUUUCAGUGUACCAUGGGGAACUGGUGAGCCCAAUGCACUCAUUUACCCCAAAUAUAUUACCCAGAGCAUUUUGCAUUUAUCACAGUCCAAGGCUAAACGGCCCUAUUCCCAAGGGCCAUCCGAUCGACCACUAAGGCGUUAUAAGCCUCAUAGAAUCCAAGGAACACCACCACCAAAAGCCCUAUCAUGGUGAUAUACCCUCUCUCCCUCUCUUUAUCCACACUCCUCUCGAUUACCUCUCUCUUCACCUCCAUUCAACAAACAAAUAUCUUUUGAGUCAAUUCACCACUACCAAACUCUCUCUGUUCUAUUCAUGUCUUUUUGAACAUUCCUGUCUCUCUUUGUUGGUUGGUUCUAACAAGAGUGUGUGAGAGAGAGAGCGCUUUUGAUAUGGCUUUUGUGUUCUCCAGCAAGUUCAAGGCCAUGAUAAACACUACAUUCCUUCUAUUAUUGUGUUUCUUCUUCACCACCCACAUAAGGUCUCCUUCACCCUCUUUCAACCUCACAACCCUUAAGGCUCCUAAGGGAGAUGGCUGCGUAGGCCUCCAAAAGCAUAAAGAUCAUCACUCCAGGUGCCUAUACCUCAAGACCCACAUCCCAUGCGUCUCUCAAGGUUAUGUCAACUAUCUCAAUAUCUUCUAUUGUAUUUGUGGGCGAUACCCUCCUUUAGGAUAUACCCUCCUGGCCCUUUGGCUACUGGUCUUGUUCUACCUCUUAGGAAACACAGCUUCUCACUACUUCUGCACCUCUGUGGAGAGCCUGUCGAGGGAGCUGAGACUAUCACCAACGAUAGCUGGGGUUACGCUCCUGUCGCUGGGUAAUGGCUCGCCUGACGUGUUUGCGAGCAUCAUCUCGUUCCGGUCAGGCUCGGGGGAGGUGGGCCUGAGCAGUGUCCUCGGUGGUGCUUUCUUCGUGUCAUGCGUGGUGGUAGGCAUCAUCCAUGUUUGCGCCGCGAGCUCGGGCUCGAGGGCGGCGCGCAUCGACCGGCCGUGCUUCGUGCGCGACGUCUGCUUCUUCGUGCUCGUGCUCUCCUCCCUCCUUGCCAUCCUCCUCGUCGGCCGCGUCAACAUAUGGGGAGCCAUGGCCUUCACCUCCCUUUACUUUGUCUACGUCUCCAUCGUGUCCGCCACCCACUUCUGCCGCGAGAAGUAUGAGGACCUCGUCGUCCCGAUCCUCGACCACGAGGAGCUCCAUGAGCCCGUAUCGAUCACCAAAGAGUCUCAUCCAGAUGCCAACCAGCAACAGAAUCCAUCAGGGUACUCCAAGUUUAGAGAAUCUGCGUCCUACUACGUGGGUUGGUUUCUGUACCUCAUCGACAUGCCCUUAUACCUUCCAAGGAGGCUGACGAUACCCGAUGUCUCCGAGGAGAGGUGGUGCAGGCCAUUUGCAGUGGCCUCAGCCACAUUUGCACCACUUCUAGUGGCAGCACUCUGGAAUUCAAAGAGAGGAGGAAUGGGCACGAAGGAAGGGCUGACCAUAUACCUGUAUGCUGGACUGGUGGGCUUGGUGUUGGGGAUCAUUGCACUCCACACAACAAAGAAGAGUUGCCCACCAAAGAAGGUAUUAUUCCCAUGGUUAGCAGGAGGGUUCCUGAUGAGUGUGUUAUGGACUUACAUCAUAGCUGAGGAGUUGGUGGGGCUUCUGGUCUCUUUGGGAUACAUCUUUGGGAUAAGUCCUGCCAUACUGGGGCUAACGGUGCUUGCAUGGGGGAACUCCAUAGGGGACCUGAUAGCAAAUGUGGCCAUGGCCAUGAAUGGGGGACAGGAUGGGGCCCAGAUUGCCAUCACUGGGUGCUAUGCAGGACCCAUCUUCAAUACUUUGGCCGGGCUAGGGCUGUCGCUUGUGGUCUCGGCCUGGACAGUGCACCCUGAGCCAUUUGUGAUUCCCCUGGGGCCAGCACUGUUUGAGAUUUUAGGGUUUAUGAUAGGGGGGCUGCUGUGGGCUCUGGUCAUACUGCCAAGGAAGGACAUGAAGCUGGACAGUGUGUUGGGCGUUGGGCUCUUGGCUAUCUACUUGUGCUUUCUGUGUUUGAGGCUGUCUCAGAGCCUAGGGCUGGUGCAAGUUUGAGGACCACUUUAUCUCUUUUUCUUUUCUUUUUUUUUAUCUUUCCUCUUUCGGUUAUGAUCUUAAGAAGAGUUUUGUAUGUCCUUGAGAGGGAAUUUUACUCAACUCUCUUGGAUAUAUAAAUAACUGCAUGCAUAUAUCCCUGUUUUCAAUUUGCACUACCA